AUGUUAACAAAUAUAAUCAAAAAUAAUAAUUUAAAAAAAUGUUUUAGACAAGUUAAAAAUUAUAGUACAAUCAUCAAACCAGAAAGAGAUUCAAAAUAUGCAACUAUUAAUAAUCAAGAUAUAAAUUAUUUUCAAAAUAUUUUGGAUAAACAUUCAGUAUUAACAGAUCCAUCAGAUGUUGAAGGUUUUAAUCAAGAUUGGAUGAAGAAAUACAAAGGAACAUCAUCAUUAGUAUUAAAACCAAAAACUACCGAACAAGUUUCCGAAAUCCUAAAGUAUUGUAAUAAUAGAAAAAUUGCAGUUGUACCACAAGGUGGAAAUACAGGUUUGGUUGGUGGUAGUGUACCAGUUCAUGAUGAAAUUAUACUUUCAUUAGCAAAUAUGAAUAAAAUUGAAGGAUUUGAUCCAAUUACAGGUGUUGUAACAUGUCAAUCAGGUACAGUUUUAGAAAAUAUUGAAUCUUAUCUUUCUCCAUUGGGAUAUACAGUACCAAUUGAUCUUGGUGCUAAAGGAAGUUGCCAAAUUGGUGGUAAUGUUUCAACAAAUGCAGGUGGUAUUCGUUUACUUCGUUAUGGUGGACUCCACGGUAAUAUUUUAGGUAUUGAAGCAGUAUUAGCAGAUGGUUCAAUUAUUGAUUGCCUUUCAACCCUUAGAAAAGAUAACACUGGUUAUGAUUUAAAACAACUUUUUAUUGGUUCAGAAGGUACACUUGGUGUUAUUACAAAAGUUUCAAUGAUUACUCCACCAAAGCCAACUAGUGUCAAUGUAGGUUUAUUUACAUGUGAUAGUUUUGAUAAGGUUAAAACUAUUCUUACCAGAGCCAAAUCUCAAUUGGGAGACAUUCUUUCUGCCUUUGAAUUUAUGGAUAGACCUUGCAUCGAUGUCGUUUUAGCUCAUCAACAAGUUCAAGAUCCAUUUGACAAUAAGCAACCUUUUUAUAUUUUAAUCGAAACUUCUGGCUUUAAUGAAACUCACGAUUCAGAGAAGCUAAAUGAUUUCUUAGAAUCAAUUAUGAACGAUGAUUUAAUUGUUGAUGGUUCAUUAGCAACUGAUACUAAAAAUAUAUCAGCAUUUUGGAAAUUAAGAGAAUCAAUUACAGAAUCAUUAGGUAAAGAAGGUGCAGUUUAUAAAUAUGAUUUAUCAUUACCAAUGGAUCAAUUUUAUUCAAUUGUCGAAAUUAUGAGAAAUAAAUUUGAGGGUAAAGCCAAUGUUGUUGGUUUUGGACAUGUAGGUGAUGGAAAUUUACAUUUAAAUAUUUCAACUCCAAAGAAACCAUAUCAAAAAGAAAUUUUCGAUAUGAUCGAACCAUUUGUUUAUGAAUAUACAAGUUCACACCGUGGUAGUAUUUCAGCAGAGCAUGGUAUUGGUUCAAUGAAACCUAAUCACCUUCAUUAUUCAAAAUCAUCCAAUUCAAUUCAUUUAAUGAAAUCUAUUAAAAAUACCAUGGACCCAAAUAAUAUUUUAAAUCCAUAUAAAGUAUUACCAAAUUAA